CCGUCGGGCCAAGCCCCUGAUGACAGCCCCAUGGCGUUGCACCUCUACAGCCCCCGCCUGCAGCUGGAUGAGACCCUGGAGCAGAUGCAGCAGGGGACUCUGAUGCGGAAGGUGAAGUCCAAGAGCUGGAAGAAGCAACGAUACUUCAAGCUGCAGGACGACUGCAUGACCGUCUGGUACAAGUCCAAGAAGACUGGCAACACCAAGUAUACCUUCUCCAUCAGCGACGUGGAGACGGUGCGGGAGGGGCACCAGUCCGAGGUGCUGCAGAGCCUAGCUGAGGAGUUCCCGCCCGAGCACUGCUUAACCGUCGUCUUCCACGGGCGGCGCGGGAACCUGGACCUGAUUGCCAGCUCCCCCAAGGAGGCGCAGUGCUGGGUCCGGGGCCUGCGCCGCUUGGUGGAGAUCGUCACCAAGAUGGACCAGCAGGAGAAGAUGGAUCAGUGGAUCUGCGACUGGUUCCACAAGGCCGAUAAGAACAAGGACGGGCGCAUGAGCUUCCAGGAGGUGUGGCAGCUCCUCAGGAUGAUGAACAUGGAGAUGAACGAGGACCACGCGCUGUGGCUCUUCCAGAUGGCCGACAGGUCGGAGUCGGGGACGCUGGAGGGCGAGGAGUUUGUGCUGUUCUACAAGGCGCUGACGCAGCGAGACGACGUGCUGGGCAUCUUCCAGGCAUUCUCCCAGGACGGGAAGAAGCUGACCCUGCUGGAGUUGGUGGAUUUCCUGCAGCAGGAGCAGCUGGAGGGGGAGAACACGCAGGAGUUCGCCAUGGAGCUGAUUGCCAGAUACGAGCCGUCCGACAGCACCAGGGCGCGCCAUGUGCUGAGCCUCGACGGCUUCCUCCUGUACCUGUGCUCGCCGGAAGGUGCCAUCUUUAACCCUGCUCACGGGCCGCUUUGCCAGGACAUGACCCAGCCCCUCUGCCACUAUUUCAUCUCCUCCUCGCACAACACCUACCUGCUGGAGGACCAGCUCCGGGGCCAGAGCAGCGUCGAGGGCUACAUCAGGGCUCUGAAGCGGGGCUGCCGCUGCUUGGAGGUGGACUGCUGGGACGGGCCCGGCGGGGAGCCUGUCGUGUACCACGGCCACACGUUCACCUCCAAGAUCCCCUUCAAGGACGUGCUCAGCACCCUGGGGCAGUACGCCUUCCAGGCGUCCGACUAUCCCAUCAUCCUGUCCCUGGAGAACCACUGCGGCCCGGAGCAGCAGCACCUCAUGGCCCAGCACCUGAAGGGCAUCCUGGGAGAGCGGCUGCUCACGGCCCCCCUCGACGCCCGCGACCCCACGCAGCUGCCUUCGCCGGAGGAGCUGAGAGGAAGGAUCAUUCUGAAGGGGAAGCGGGCAGAGAGCCUGGCACACUCGCCGAGCGGGCAGCCAGAUGAGGCCCCGCAGGGGGAGGCGUCCGAGGAUGAUGAUGGGCUGGAGGCAGAGGAAGAGAGCCUGAGCCAGGAGGCCAAGAGGAAGGCCAAGAAGUCCCAGGCCAAGGAGCUAUCUGACUGCAUCGUCUACUGCCACAGCGUCCCCUUCCACGGCUUCCAACCGGCGCUCGCCCACCGCCGGCCCUACGAGACGGCCUCCCUGCCCGAGGCCAAGGCCAGGAAGCUGAUCAAGGAGGCGGGGAACGAGUUUGUCCGUCACACUGCCCGGCAGCUGACGCGGAUCUACCCCAGCGGGCUGAGGACCGACUCCUCCAACUACGACCCGCAGGAGAUGUGGAACGUGGGCUGCCAGCUCGUGGCCCUGAACGUGCAGACGGCCGGGGUGGAGAUGGAUCUGUGCGACGGGCUCUUCCGGCAGAACGCCCGCUGCGGCUACGUGCUGAAACCGGCUUUCCUGAGGGACGCACGAACCGCCUUCGACCCCAACAAUCCCCGGAGCAGGGCCGGGGGCGGCCCGUGGAGCCUGGCAAUUCAGGUCAUCAGCGGGCAGCAGCUCCCCAAGGUGGCUGGCAGCAAGGCGAGUGCCAUCGUCGACCCCCUGGUGCGCGUGGAGAUCCAUGGUGUCCCCGCCGACCAGGCCAGGCAGGAGACCCAGGCCGUCAAUAACAACGGCUUUAACCCCCGCUGGGGCGAGACGCUGCGAUUCAAGGUGCACGUCCCCGAACUGGCCCUCGUGCGCUUCGUGGUGGAGGACUACGACAAGGCAUCCAGGAACGACUUUGUGGGCCAGUUCACCCUGCCCUUUGCUAGCAUCAAAUCAGGUUAUCGUCAUGUCCACCUCCUGUCCAAGGACGGCACGGCCAUCCCGCCUUCCUCGCUCUUCAUUCACGUCCAAAUCACGGAGCUUCCCUACCCCGAGUAGCAGCUGAGUGGGUCACGCCAGCCCCCUGUACCAGCUGCUAACAGCCCUGUCCCGACAGCUGCUGGAGAGACCCCGCCCGGCCUUGCCCUGCCCGCUUCCUGGCUGAGGCAGCUUUGCACAUCGCUUUUCUUUGGAACCUGCCUGUAGCCGUUUGGGCUGCUGCUAUUUGGUGCCCGACGGUUUGCCCAGAUCUCAGCCGGGCUGGGAGGCAGGUGAAUGCCCCUUGCAAUGUGGCGCAGACCUGGCAUCUUGCCCCGCUCCCCCCCUCCCCCGGGGCUGAGAACACGAUCAAGGCCGAGCUGCCAGGUGGGGCGCUUCGGGGGGCUUUGCACGUCCCGGCCAGUAGCACCCCGGUUUUUUCACUCCCUCGAGGGGGCUCAGGCCCAGCUAGGUGGCUAGAAUCAGGCCAGCUCUGCUGCCCCUCGCUGGGUUGGACAGCAGUGCCCCCAAUCACCCACAGCGGGCGGCCUCGUGGUGUUCGGCUUGCAAUAGCACCACUCGGAGUGGGGCCACGGCCCAGAACUACGCCUCUGCCCCACAGAGCUUCCAAGGGGAGUAAAGGACAAAAUCCAUGUGGGAACAGGCCGGUCAGCCUGCUGGGCAGGGUCAGUGCCCCAGCUGCCUCCCAGGGCUGCGUGGGGCUGGGGGCUGAUGGAGGGAGCUGGGUGGCCGUCUACAGGCAGCUCCUCCCCAGCGUAACGGGCAGCCCCAGAAAGCACUGAAGUGCCCACUGGACACUGUAACCCAUGAGCACCAGCCGGAGCCAGGAGCCACCGGUUCCCAUAGGCCCCAGAAGCUGCAAUGGGAGUAGCUGGUGCCUGGCUCAGCCCUUGCAGGGGCUCUCGGCCCAGCGGCAAGGCCCCUCGUCAGGUGCUCCAGGAAGAGCUGGUCUCUCCGUUUCAGAGGGUG